GUACAUAGAAACAUAAUUUAAAAUAAUAUUAAUUGAUUAUUUCUAUUAUAAUCGUAUAUAUAUAAGGCGUUUUAUUAUAACAAUAUGAUAGAUUAUUAUCUUAUAGCAACUAUUUGUAUAAUUAUUAUAAUUUUAUAUAUUAUUUUUUGAAUUUAGCGCUUCGCAUCUGUCAUCGCGUCGAAUUUCAACAAGUGCUUUGUGAAUUUGGAAUGGCGGAUCGUUUGUACCAUUCUACGGAAUUAUUUUCAUUAAUAGGUUAUUACGAAUAACAUACGUUUUUUAUUAUUUAAUCAAAGUGAAAUUUGUGAUAUGAUAUUUAGAAUUAAUGGAUUUAUGUUUGUGAUUCGUGAACAUUUAUAUAUCAAUUUUAAAUGAACCCAAACUAAAACUUGUAAAACAAUAACUCUAAAAUAAUUAUAUUAUCAUGUUCUGGAAACAUAAUACUUCUACCCAAAUUGAGGCUCUGUUAGCCAAAGAGGAUGUUACUAUACAAGAAAUUAUGGAUUCUGAAGAUAUAAUUAACGAAUGUAGACUACAAAAUAAAAUGCUUAUAGAAUUUCUACAAAAAACCGAAAUUAUGGAAGAACUAAUCUCUUUGAUAACGAAAGAACCUUCUGUUGAAAUCGAAGAGAGGAGUAGAUUUAAAUAUCCGAAUAUAGCAUGCGAAUUACUUACUUGUGAUGUACCCGCUUUAAACGAAAAAUUGGCUAGUGAUAAAGUACUUUUAGAUAAGUUGUAUACAUUCUUGGAGUCCGAUCAACCAGUUAAUCCACUAUUAGCUUCGUAUUUUAGUAAAGUUAUGGGUGCCCUUAUAGCUAAGAAGACUGAGCAGGUCCUAGAUUUUUUAAAAGCUAAAGACACCUUCAUAUCGUUACUGCUCAAGCACUUAGGCACUUCCGCCAUCAUGGAUCUCAUGCUCAAAUUGAUGACGCAAGUCGAAGGUAUUGAAAUGAAUCAGAAUAUAUUGAAUUGGUUAGACAGUCAAAAUAUCAUACAAUCUUUGAUAUCUCUUCUGAAUCCUAAAGUAGAUAAAGAGAGGCAUUAUAAUGUUGCUCAAUUGUUGUGUGAUUUCAUUAGGAUAGCUAGAGAUAAUCAGAAGAACGCCGUCGAGAGAGUCGAUCCGGAUCCCUUGCUUAAUACUUUGGAAUCCUCCGAAACGAUAUCGCUUCUAUUGGAUUACAUUUUAUCGGGCGAGGAGAAAAGUGAAAGCGCAAUAGUCGGCGGUAUCCAAGUGAUCAUAUCACUUUUGGAUUUCAAUCAAUCGAACGCUUCGAAAUUCAGUUCGACACAAAAUUUGUACGGGACGAAUAUCAACGAAGAAAUUUGCGAUAAUGAACAAAAACAAAGGAGCAUAUCGAAUACGACAAGAGUGAUGAAGGAUCGAAUCAAACAGUUUCACGAUUUGCUCGUAGAUCCUCCGAAGCAAAUUCCCGUAUCGACUACCGUUGGUAUAUUGGAUCCCCCUUUGGGUAAUAUCCGUUUGCAAGUAACGAAAUUAUUCUCUGCUUUGAUAUCUACUAAUAAUCAAGAAUUGUUGAAGGAGAUCGAAAUGAACGAAACGUUGUCCCUGUUGCUGGAUCUGUUUUUUAAAUAUCAGUGGAACAAUUUUUUGCAUACUCAGGUCGAAAAUUGCCUUAUGGGAGCUUUGAAAAUUCAUUCGUCCGACGAUAACGACGAAACUUCUAAUGCCUUAAGUAAACACUUGUUAUCUAAAUGUAGAGUUAUCGAAAGAAUAAUAAACGCUUGGAAAGAGAACGACGAACAACAAUCCCAAUUACAUGGUAUCCGUAAAGGAUACAUGGGUCAUCUGAUAAGUAUAAUGAAUAAAAUCGUAACGUUAUGUAACAAUUCAUUGGGACAUUAUCUCAAAGAUAAUCUACCGGAAGUCGCUAAGUCUUUAGACGAAUUCAAGGAAACCACAUUGGAGGAAACGAAUAAAAUACAAGAAACUUUAUUAGGAGGUGCGCAUCCUAAUAGUUCGGUGGAUAAUAACGACGAUUACGGCGACAUCCCUUUUCCUCAAUCGAGCGCCUUACAACAACAGAUGUUCUUCCAGUAUCAGAUACAGAAUUCGACGUCACAAUUUAUAGAAGGUUACAGCGGUUUCAGCGACGACGCUUUCAAUCUCGGAAACGAUACGCUCCAAUCGAUCGAACCGAGGGUGGAAAUGAAUUUCGAUUUAUCGGAAGGGGAUAUGGUUCAACAACAAGAAAUAUUCAAACAGGUUUGCGCCCAAAGUAUAAAUACUUUGGACGACGCCGACGAUCAAAUAUUCGACGACAGGGAACACACUUUUCAAACUGUCAUAGAAAAAAACGACAGAAACGAAGCGGCGUAUAGCAGCGAUAGCGACGAAGAACUACCGACCGGAAACGACGAUAAUAACAUGGAAAUCGAUCCUUGGACUUCGCCGAAAAUCGCCGUCGAAGAAACGACGUCGGAUUCGACGUCGUUCGGAGGCAGCGAUCCUUGGAAGGCGGCCGGUCAAAGCGAAGAUACCGUCGGAGGUUGGGCGGAUUUCAGUUCGGUUCGAUUCGAUGUUAAUACACCGGAAACGAACGAAGAGGAAAAGAAAAUUGAGGUCGAGGAUAAUAAAGUGGAGAGUGUGGAUUGUAACGUUAAAAGUGCGGCGGGAGAUCGAGCGGCUAAUUUGAUCGAAGAUAUCGAAAAGAUGGUAGAGCAGAGCGUUAUAGUCGAACCGUCCAAAAGCGUAGCCGGCGAUAGUAGCGAUUCGCAGCUCGAGGAUGAAAAAGAGAAAAAAGUUUGAGCGCACCACAUAUCGAAACGGAUUUUUUUUGCUUUCCAAAAAAACAUCGGAAAUAAAAAAUUAGUAUUAAAAUAUUUUGUAAAUUGAUAAUAACGAUUAAAAUGUAAAACAAAUUUAGAACAAAAACGUGGGCCUGCACCAGAAAAAAAAAAUAAAAUAAUUGUUUAAAAAAAAUUUUGAAAAUUUCAAAUUUCAUUUUUUUUUUGGUGAAUUGGGCUCAAUUAAAUGCUAUUUUUUUGUUGUACUUAUUUAUUUGUUUUUCAGUAUCGAAUAUCUAUUUUCGAACGUCGAAAAACCGGAAAAUUUAAUUUUUCUCCUAAAGCCAUUCGCACACCAACCGGCGCCGCUAAUGGUCCUUUAUAAUGGAAAUUAUCAUUUAAUAGUUUCAAAAAAUAUUUAAAACCAUUUUUUUCUUCGCUUAUCUGUUUUUUUUAUAUAUGUAUAAAGCCUUUCGUACAGUAUCCGGCGCGGCGACGGUUCGCAAAUAACAAAUAUCUCUUUAAAUAGUUUGAAAAAAUACUUAAAACCGAAUAAAGCCCUUCUUAAACUAACCGGUGUCGCGACGGUUAGCUAACACAAUUUUUAAAAGGUAGAAAAUCCAUCGGGGCCGAAUAAGGUCGUUUGUGUGGCCGAACAAAUUUAUUUUUUCAAGUUAUUUAUUUGAAACACGGAUUAACCGCGUCGCACGAAAUUCCAUUUCGUCAUAUUUGUGAUAAACGUGAUUAUAAAUACAUCAAUAAAAAGAAUUGCUUUUAAGUAUCAUAAUAUUUAAUCGAAUUACUUUAUCACGUGCCUCUGUAAUAAAUUUAAUCGAUAAAAAACUCGUUUAUUUCGAAAUUAUUUCCCAUUCGAACGAGAAACCGUCAAUUAAAUUGUCGAAUCGAUAAAUCGCGGCUUCGGAAUGAAACGAAACUUUCGUAUCACCCUCGUAUCGUAUGAAAUACGGUUGCAAUAAAACGUCGGUCGGGGUGCAUAUACUAAUUACGUGUCCGGGGUAGUUUUACAUUGAAAAAAAAAAAAAGGAAGUUUGGGAAUCGAUGUCGGUCGAGGUGUAUGGACCGUGGUGCGAUGAGUUAUUGAAAAAUUUCGAUUUUUCUCGACGGAAAAUUUUCUCAGAUUUGUAUUAUAGAUAUAUACGUUUGAAUUGUGGAUUAAUUAUAUAUAUUAUUAAAAAAUGGCUCGUUCUUAAUAUUCUAUUUCUCAUUAUAUACAGUGCCUAGGUAUUAAUUGUUAUUUGAAGAUUUGCGUUUAUUUAAUUACCAAAUUUGUUUUGUUGUUUUCCACUUGUUUGGUAUAGAGAGAGGAAAUUCACGAAAAAAGUGAUUUUCUUACUAUACUAGGUAUAAAUUUCUUAAUAUUGUAGAAAUAAAAUAUCGUUUUAUCUAU